UACCCUCAGUCUGAAAGACACCGCGGAGCUUCGCGGACGCGCGCGCGCCCCCUUCUCGUGUGUGUGUGUGUGCUGUGUGCGCGCGCGUGCGUGCGUGCAUGCGUACGUACGUGUGUGCGUGCGAAACAGGCUACAAGGGAAGAAAAAGAAAAGAAGAAGGGGAAAUGAAAGAAGAGAGAUAGGAUUGUCAUAGAGAAUAAGACAUUUGACGUAAUGCGCAAAUAACGCGUGUAUUUUCAUUCGCGUGAAAAAACGUACGAGACAAAUUUUUAUCUUCGUGUUAGAAAAUCUUUUACGUGUGAGAGAGAUGGAAAGGAGAGGUUCUAAAUUGCUAAAGAAAACAAUAUUUGGGGAUUAGAAAGGAGAACAAAGAGAUACGACGUUUAUCGUGGCCUCUAGGUCGAGACAGAAAGAAAUAGCAAAGGAGGGAGAGAGAGAGAGAGAGAGAGAGAGGGAGAGGGCAAAAAGAGGGUCAGAGUCAGCGAUCUCUUUUGAUCGUUUGCCAGGAACUCUUCCGAGUGACAUAACGCGCGAGCAUAGCAAAGGAAUCACACGUUCGUACUCGAACCUUCUUCGGUAAUCUCUUUGUAAACGAGAGAGAGAGAGAGAGAGAGAGAAAGAGAGAGAGAGAGAGAGAGAGAGAGAGAGAGAGAGAAAGAGAAAGAGAUAGAGAUAAAUAGAAAUAGAUAAAAUAAUACAAAGAAUGAACGGUGAAGAAAAAAAGGAUAAAUUAUAUCGGUAAGAUUCUCAUCUCACCCGUCGUCAUUUUUCUUUUUUUCCUUAAAAAUUUUUAGUUGAUCUACAUCUGUCUCUCUUCUACUCUCUGUUGUCCAAUGAACAACUAUCAUUACCAGGAUCAAACGUCACACGCGAUCGCGUAACCGCGUGGAAUUGGCUACUAAAUUCGCGCGAUUGAAUCGAGCGUGAUGAUUGGUUAUUCGUUAAUCGUCGUCAUUGUCAUUGGUGCGUUUUCUCUUCCGACUAAGUAUUAAUCACUUUUGACGGGAUCGUAUGUAGUACGCAGUACGAGAAGAAGAAAAAAAAGAGAAUUUCCUCGUCGGUUUUUCCUAUCGAAACGAUCAAUUUUGUGGAAAUCAAGAAGAUCGACAGUCUUUCUCUACCGAACGGAUGGACUUGGAAAAAUCGAAGACGAACGGACGACGACGUGAACAAUGAUGACGAUUAGUGCUCGUCGAUGCUGAAGUAGUUAUGAAGUACUGAAGAGUCUUGUACUCGAGCUAGCGGAUGAAGAGAGUCGCGAGUGAAGAUGAGAGUUCGUAAAAGUUGAAGGAGGAAGGAAAACCUACACAACGAACAGCAACAACCUGCCUCGUCCAUUGCGACCAGCCACAUAUCUCACGUUAAGAUGACAUAGAAUGGGUUGGGUGGUGCUAGGGCGGUGUGCGGGUGGUGGCGGCCGCCUCUCGUCCAUCCUCUCGCUGUCUCUCACCUCCCUCGCAAGUUCCCUCAUCUUUACCAUCCUCUGUAUCCUCACACUCGCCCUCACUCUUGCCAGUCUCGUGCGUGCCGAGAACAACAUCUUCGAGGAGGGCAAAUCGGACAAGGAGAUUCUGGACGAUCUGCUGCAGACGGCGCGAUACGACAAGCGGCUUCUGCCCCCGGUCCAAGAUGCGGAUUUCUGCUGUGGAAUGCAAUGGCCUGGUGACACCACCGGCCUGACAAACCGGUCGUCGACCUUCUCUAACGACCCCAAGAACCAGAACAAGAACCAGAACAAUAUCCACUACACGCCGCACCAACACCUUCGCACUCACCUUCGCGGAACCUUGACCGUCAACGUGAGCGUGUUGCUGCUGAGCUUGGCCUCGCCCGACGAAUCCAGUCUGAAAUACGAAGUGGAGUUUUUGCUGCAGCAACAGUGGUUCGAUCCGCGGUUGCGUUAUAGCAACAGAUCGCGAUACGAAUUUCUUAACGCGAUUCACCAUUACGACAAAAUCUGGCUGCCGGAUACGUAUUUUAUAAUGCACGGCGAUUUUAAGGAUCCUCUUAUACCGGUUCAUUUCGCUCUGCGAAUAUACCGCAAUGGCACCGUCAACUAUCUUAUGCGGCGUCAUCUAAUCCUAUCCUGCCAGGGUAGACUCAAUAUCUUCCCAUUCGACGACCCACUGUGUUCAUUCGCUAUCGAGAGCAUAUCGUACGAGCAGACGGCGAUCACGUACGUUUGGAAGAACGACGAGGGUACGUUACGAAAAAGUCCGAGCCUGACAUCAUUGAACGCUUACCUCAUUAAGAACCAGACAAUCACGUGUCCGAUUAAAGUAAGCUGGCGAGCUGAAGGACAAAUCAUCGACUACGAGGACGAGUUCGAUGAGUUCGGGGACUCUAAGUGUUCGCUGUGCCAGCGCAGGUUUGAGGAGCAAGGUAACUACAGCUGCCUGAAGGUGGAUCUAAUCUUCACCCGGGAUCGUGCCUUCUACUUCACGACGGUCUUCAUCCCGGGUAUCAUUUUGGUCACCAGCUCGUUUAUCACAUUCUGGCUGGAGUGGAACGCGGUACCGGCACGCGUGAUGAUCGGCGUGACUACGAUGCUGAAUUUCUUCACAACGUCAAAUGGUUUCCGAGGAACAUUGCCGGUGGUUUCAAAUCUGACCGCCAUGAACGUUUGGGAUGGCGUCUGUAUGUGCUUCAUUUACGCGAGCCUUCUUGAGUUUGUCUGUGUGAAUUACGUUGGCCGCAAACGACCGAUGCACAACGUCGUCUAUCGUCCCGGCGAGAAUCCCGUCACCCAGCGGCUUCCAGCGGUGCUCAGCAGGAUAGGGAUUAUAUUGGCCAGCCCCUUGGGUAAAAAGAAGCGAGAGGGUGGACCUCCAACUGGUGGUGGAACGGGACCGAACGAGAUCGUUACUUGUACCAAUUGUGGCCCAAAUCCCUGCACACACACGGCUACCAAUGGAUGUACAGCUGAGAUACGAAAGAAAGAGCCACCGCAUCCGAUCAGAGUGGCUAAAACGAUCGAUGUGAUAGCGAGGAUCACCUUUCCAGUCGCCUACUUCAUGUUCCUUACGUUCUUCUUCAUCCAUUACAAGGGCAGCUCGUAGAGCAGCAUUCAGAAAUGGACACGAUUGUUGACGACGUAGGAUCGAAGUGAUCGACAAUUCUUCGAUCAUAAAAAAUAACGACGAUGAAGAUAAUGCCGACAAUGAUCAAGAUUACAAUUACGAUACGAUUACGAUGUAAACGACGACGAAAUUUAUCGUUGUUGACAUCUCUCUCUCUCGUUUAACAGGAGGAAGCCUUUCGAUGAAUGAGCAAGCAUGUAUUCGUAAGCAUGUGUCCGGCUGAAUUGAAAAUCGAAAAUGGAAAGAAAAAAAAAGAAAAAAAGAAAAAAAAGUGGUACGAAGGGUUGAAAAAAAAGAAUUAAGAAAGAUGAGUAAGAUGAGGUAGAGAAGGAGGAGAAGAGGAGGAGGAAGAAAAGGAAGAGAAAGAGGAGGAGAAGGAGGAUGAUAAUGAUAAUGAUAAUGAUAAUAAUAAUGAUAAUGAUGAGAAAGUAGAGGGGUAGGAAAAAGGGAGAAGGAGAGGAAGAGGAGAAAGAAAAAGAAGAAAAAGAAAGUGUCUAUCGAUGAAAGCUGUUAUCUAUCUCUUUCUCCCUCCCACUCUCCCUCCUUCUUCCUCUUUCUCUUCCCCUCUCUCACUCUCUCUCUCUUUCUCUCUCUUUCUGUCUCUUUCUUUUUCACUCUCUCGUACACAUAAAUACGAACAAACACACAACAUAGGAAACACAUACAUACGCAAUAUUGUGAUAGCACUCUUAAAAGCACUCUUCUGUCGUCGUCGUCCGGAGAAACGUGAUCUGCGGGUGACGGUGUGGAUAAUCCAUUCUCUUCUUCCUCUUCCUUCUUCUGCUUCUUUCUUUCUUUCUAGCUUUUUCUUUUCUCUUUUAUUUUCUUUUCUUUUCUCUCCUUUUCUUUUCCUUCUUUUUUUCUUCUUCUUUUAAUAAUCUAGCUCGUUUAAAUAGACUGUAAUUGCCUCCCCUCGAUGCAGCGAACGACGUGCUUGUUAUCUCUAGAGAUUGAACGAAUUAAAUUGAAUUAAGAUGUAAAAUAAUUAAUAAUAUAUAGACAUAUAUAUAAAUAUAAUAAUAAAUAUAUAUUCGUUGUUCGCCAACGUCAAGCGAAUUAUCGAAUAUAUAUAAGUAUCGUCCUCUCGUAUACCGCGUGCUACAGAAUUAUUUAUCGUUGAAGAAAUGUCGAAAGAAAUAAUGGAGAAGAAAAAUGGAGAACAAACAAAAAAUGGCGAAAGGAUUCCUCUUAUCAAACGAGAAGCUCUCGACCGAGCCGUUAUACAAGAUAUAUACAUAUAUAUAUAAUAUUAUAAAUAUAAAUAAACCUUGCCAGAGACUACUUCUCCUAACGCAUACUCUAUCGAUAUUAUUAUGAUUAUUAUGAUUAUUAUUUAUUACUAUUAUUAUUAUUAUUAUUAUUAUUAUUAUUAUUAUUAUUAUUAUUAUUAUUAUUGUUAUUGUUAUUGUUAUUAUUAUUAUUAUUAUUACUAUUACCAUUAAUAUUACCACUGUUACUAUUACUAUUAUUACUAUUACUAUUACUUACUAUUAUUACUAUUACUGUUACUAUUACUUAUUAUUAUUACUAUUACUAUUACUAUUACUAUCACUACCAUUGCUACAUUAUCGCUACUAUUACGUACUAUAUAUUAUUGCCAGCAUUAUCGACACUACAGGCGGAAUGAUUAACGAACGAUGAUGAUGUGCUCUAUACCACGUAUACCAUUUUUACUAAUAUCGCGAGCAAUAUAUAUACUAUAUAUGUGUAUAUAUAUAUAUAUAUAUAUAUAUAUAUAUAUAUAUAAUACUCUACAGACCAAGCGAGAAGAAAGAGUAAAAAAAGAAAAAAGGUGAAAAGAAAAAAAGACACGUAGUAAAAAAGGAACAUUCAAGGGAGUUAUUAACGAUCAUUAUCGUAAAACUUGCUUGAUAAUUGUACGAGAUGGAAAGAAAGAAAAAGAGGAAAAAACAAAGAAAGAAAUAGAAAUAUAAUGCUAGUAAGAACGCGCGCGCACGUCGCAAUUAAGCAACUGUAAUUUUUAUAAAAGGAUGUUCGUAAAAAAAAGGGAGAAAAAAAGAAAAUGACGAAUAUAGAAGAAAGAAGGAAAAAAAAAGAAAGACGUUCGUUUAAAGCGAAACUCGCAAAUUCUAACCUACUAUUUCUUUUUUUCCUUCCUUUAAAUCUGGAUGUUAAUGAAUCGACCGACCAGGUCCUGCCAUCUACAUUCUAAAACUGACAUUAAAAAAUCUUACUACGUUAGAAUUUGAUGAGUUGUAGCGCGAUAUUUGAACGUUCGAUGGUCAAAAAAGGAGAAUAUGCUUUUAAAAGAUAUAGUAGGAAUAUUUAUAUAAAGAAAAAAAAACGGCUUUUUUCAUCCAUCUCAAUUUUUUCGGAGUCUUACGGUGACUUUCUCGUAUUACAUUAAUAUUGAUCGCUUUACGAAAUUUCGAAAAUACCUUCUCAAACGUCCACAUCAUACAUACAUACAUACCUACACACAUACACACACACACAGUGCAUACAUACACAUACGUACAUACAUACAUGUAUAUAUAUACAUAUAUAUAUAUAUACACGUAUAUUUUUAAGCACUGCCAGAUACAAUUAAGUUCGAAGCACAGAUUCAUUGUUUUAAAAAUGAUACGCUGCGCCGAUGAUGAUAAUUAUGAUGAUUGGACGUAAUUGAGGAUCAUCAACAAUGACCGGCUCCGUGUGAGAAAACACGCGAGGGUAUACGACGAUUGCGUACAAGUUUUUCUUGCUUCUGAAAAUCUUCUAAAUUUAAAUGACAGGAAAUUAGAAAGUAAGAAAAAUUUUUCUUUCCUCGUGAUCUGUUCGUUUUUCGUAAAUCUUAAUAAGAGAUCUUAUACAUUACGUGUAAAUAGAUAAAUAAUUCAUAGAUAUGUAUAUAUGUGUGGAUGUGUAUAUAUAUAUAUAUAUAUAUAUAUAUAUAAUUAUAUAACGUAUUGGUUGAAAAUAAAAAGAAUAAGAUAAAUACGUACAGAAAGAGAGAAAAAAAGAGACGAUCGAAAAAAGAUGGCGGUCCACCGCUCGUACAGAGAAAAGAAACAAAAAAAGAUCGAAAAUAUCGAUUGGUCGAUUAAUUUGCUCCUUUCAUAUUAAUCGCUUAAUAUCGAUAUAUAUAUAUAUAUAUAUAUAUACACAUACACACAUUAAUUCGCCUCGGUACCUAUAGUAUAUUAAAAAUUCUUAAAAAAAUGUCGAAGCAGAGCUGCGCGGAUUAUCUCGAUAAUUCUUAGGUGCUUUUAUUUCGCGAGCGAUACCGUAUAAAUUCUAACGUUACUCAUUCAUAAAUAAUUAAGCUUUUGAAAAUAAUACUCCUUCGAAGACGUAUUAAGUCCCAGAUUGAAAAAUUCAAACGAAAUAUUUAUAGUGGGAACUUUGAAAACAUGAAAUUAAAAAAGAGAAAGAAAGGAAAGGAAAAAAAAGGAAAAGUAAAGCAAAAAAAAAUAUGACUCGUAUUGACUCGACUGGUCGAAAGAACAACCGACAAUGGCACUGAUAAAUGACACAAGUCAUACGGAGGUGCGUGCGCGCGCGCGCGAGCAAGCGCGAAUGAGCGAACAAAAUUAAAACUUAAAUUGCUAUAAAUCAACACAACGAAUAUUGCGUAGAACGAGAGUUUCGCUGAGUUAAACAAUAAGAAAAAAAAAAGAAAGAGAAAAAAUGUUGAGAAAGAAAUUAUGAAACCGAUGAUAAACGAUCAACGUCAAACGAUUUCACCGAAAUGUGCAACGCGUAAAAAUCGAAAAUUUGCAAUUGUGAGGGAGUAUGUAAUAAUGUAAUAUUAUUUAGAUAUAUUACAACUCCCAUAUGAAAUAAAAAAAAAAAAGAAAGCAUUAAUCUGUGUUAAAUAAUAUUCGUAAUUUUUCAAGAAAUAUCAAAGCGACCGAAAUAUGUCUGAUUAAACAAAAAAAAAAAAAAAAAGAAAAAAAUACGAUAAGCAUUGCGUAAAAAAACACGGCAACAACAAUGGGAAGCAAUAUUUUGCAAUGAAAUAAGACGAAAAUACUUUAAACCAAACAGCAAUGUCGAGUAAAACGACAACCCUAAUCUACGUUUAUAAACUUCACGUUGUUGUAGGUUAUAUGGAAAGAAAAGAAAAAAAAUUGAAGAAAAAGAAUGAAACAAGAACACCUCUAGGUGAUAGGAACGCUAAUUAGUUGUUUAAUUAAUUAAUGUUACUAACGUUUAAACGCUCCACGGACCAAAGUACAUAAUCCUACGAAGUCUUCACUGUCUUUGCGAAGUUGGCAUUUAUACUUUGCUAGCAUCUCUCAUUAAGGAAAAACAAAGUUUUUAAAUUAACAUAAUUCUAAAGUUUUGCGUUAAAUGUAUUCAAAUAAAUGAUUACCAGCGUUAAAUUAAUUCACUAUAAAAAAAAAGAAACAUUAUCACAUAUUUUUGCGUUAAGAAAAUUCCUAACGUUAUUUGUUUUUUAAAAGUCCCGCGCAUCUUAUCAAAGAUUACAUUAGUUCUUUAAUAUUUAAAAUUGGCCCUAUGAAUGAAGAAAAUAUCGUUUUUCUCAACGGAUAAGAAAUUAAACGAAAAGAAUUACGAAUCUGUAUAAAAUCAAAUUCGUUCUUUUUUUUCUUCUCGAGAUGCCAGUAAAUCAAACGCUAACUUCACAAUGGCGUUCUUAUUCUCAUAGUUAGUUGCACUCAUUAAAUAUCAUGCAAAAAAAAGUCAACCGCGAAUAUGCGUAAUUUGUGUGCUUAUGCAAGUGCCGUACGCCUACUUAUUAUAUAUAUAUAUAUAUAAAAAAAAAAAACUAAAAAAGAAAAAUCGUUUGUUACUAAUUUUAGAUAAUUAUGCUCAAAAGUAAAAGAUUUAUAUAAAAAAAAAGAAAAAAAAUAACAAAAGUGUUAGUAUCCCAUCGCGAAGCACCGAAAUCUCUCGUAAAAUAAUAUCACGGCUUUAACUGUGUCUGUUGUGUCAAACAUCGAUAAUAUUCGUGUUUACGAUUAAAAAAAAAAAAAAAAAAGAAAGAAAGAAAGAAAGAAAGAAAAAAGAAAAAAAGAAAAAACGAAUAAUAAUAUCGAGAAAAAAAUCGAGAGGUAUUACUCUCUUAUUUUUCAUUCCUCUUAAGAUAUUAUCUCUCAAAUUAUUCUAAGUCGCCGAUCGAGGAACAACAAAUUUUACAAUAAUCUAAUUUUUUUUUAUUCAUUAUACCGAACAAUUUCAUUUACAUCUAAUUAAAAUAAUAAUAAUAAUAAUAAUAAUAAUAAUAAUAAUAAUGCCGCUUCUUUUUUAUUUGUUCUGUUGAUGAUAAAAAAAAAAUAAAAAAAGACAGAAGGAAAAAUGGAAGCUGAACAUUUAUAAAUAUGUAUAUAAUGUGUGAUCAUAAAAAAAAAAGAAAAAAAAACAGAAAAAAGAAACGAGAAAUAAAAUAAAAUCAAGUCAAAGCGCGAAUCGUAGUGUCGAAAAGAGCGGGAUAAUGAAUUUGUAUAAAGAUAAGCCUUAUUAUAACUUAUUAUGUGAUAUAAAAGAAGGAAAAGAGAGAGAGAGAGAAAGAGAGAGACAGACAGAAAGAGACAGAAAGAGAGAGAGAGAGAGAGAGAGAGAGAGAAGAAAAACAAAAAAAAACACAAACUUUUAAUCGCUCUUAUUACUAUUUGUUAUUAUUUUUCGUUUUUCGAUACUCUAAUAACGAUAACAAAAACAUUAUUACCUUAUAACAAUUAUUCUUGUUAUUAUUAUUCAUAAUUGUUAUUGUUAUUGUUAUUAUCAUUGUAUUGCCUAAAAUUUAUACGGCGAUUAGGGACAUGUGUGUGCAUAUACACAACUAAUAUACACAUAUACAUAUUAUACACAUACACAUAUAAAUACACAGAGAUACAUACACAUAUACACACAGAGCCGUUAUCGCAAAUUAACGUUAUUAAUUAUAACUAAUGAGCACUUAUAUAUAGCACGUAUAUUUAAACACUUGCAUUGUUAAGGGAUACGCGUAAUGAAAAAGAAACGGAUAUAUUAAUUCGUAACAGUCUGCGGUAGAUAAAGCUGUGAUGUUUAAGAGCCGAUAACAGCGUGAAAGAGCGCACGAUUAUUUUUGCAAUACUUAAGGCAAAUUAGAAAAGAAAGAAAAAUAAACAAUUCUUAAACAUUAGUUUUCUCCUCCCGCGAUACGCGCGUAGGAUAACGCACACGCGUAAUAAGCGUAAAAGAAUAAAAGAAAAAUAAAGAAGAAAAAAAGAAAGAAAAAAGAAAUAAUAAAUAGAGAAAAGAAGUUACAAGAGAAAGAAACAAUGACACACAUAUGAAGGAGACACAAUUAAAUCACGAUUAAUAUUAAAGAUUAUACUGAUUCGAACGCGAAUGCAUACAUAUUAUAUGAACAUUGACAAGUGAUUCUUAAUCGUAAGCGGGUUUAUUGAUCACUGUAAACUUAUUAUGAUCGUAACGAUUAAUUAUCUGAUUUAUCGGCUGUGUUUGUAACGUGAUUAAAUAUUAAAAUGUCGAUUAAACUAG